AAAAAGGGCAAAAAAGGGAGAAAAAAAAAAAAAAAAAAAAAAAAAAAAAAAAAAAUAGCAAACCACCCAGGCCCAGAUCACACCUCCCCAAAACGGAAACGCAAUGAAGUCACUCGAAUUCCGCAUUCGCAAACUCCACGUCAACACGGACGCCGACAAGCGGCUGCAAAAGCGGCAGCCCUCCCGCAUCUAUGUCAACCUCGACGCUCUGAUCGAGUUGACGGCCUCGGCCGAUGGCGGCCACCCGGUCUACGUCGAGAAGGUCUCUGCAUCGCCCGACGAGCCGCCGGUGCGCCACGAGGCUACGCUUUGGAAGGCCCCGGAGAAGCUGGACAAGUCCGUCACCCAGAUGUACGAUGCGUUCCGCGACGCAUGCGACCUCCGCCUGGGAGACACGGUCCGCAUCACUGCGCUAGGGGGAUCCCUGCCGGACGCCGAAGACGUCGUCCUGGAGCAGAUCCCGACCAAGGAAGGCACUCCUCCAGAUCCGCUCCCGCUCGAAGAUCUGCCCGGCUGGGAGGUCUUCUUGGCCGGCCGGCUCUCCCAAGUUGAGCACGUGCACGGCGGCCUGGCCUUCAAGAACCUGUUCCUCAGGGGACCCGAGAGGUCGUUCGUCGUGGCCUCGGUGAACCGAAGGAGGACUGGCAAUGCCCGCUAUCUGGAUAGGAAGACUAGGCUCACCGUCGCCACUGCUGCCCAGGCUGGCCGCCCGACAGACGGUGUUUCCUCCUCCGCGCGGAGACUCGCAGUGACGGGCAUCCGCGGCCUGGACGCGCAGAUCAAGCGUCUCAAUGAGAUCCUGGGCUGCUUCGACGAAAGCAGCGCUUCCCGGGCGAAGCUGCUGUACCCGGGCAUCGUCAUCCACGGCGGCAACGGCACGGGCAAGACGAUGCUACUGAACAGCAUCGCCCGCACCGGCUGGGGCACCGUCUUCCGCAUCGAGUACCAUGAAAAGCUCUCCGAGAUCCAAGAGAUCUUCCAGAGAGCCAUGCUGCAGCAGCCGAGCAUCGUGCUCAUCGACCAGCUGGAGCGCCUGAUCGACAAGGACCGCAGCAACCGCGCCGCUGUUAUCCGCGCCCUCUGCCAAGCCCUCGACGCACUCGCAACAGACGCAGCAACCGGCUGGGGGAUCCCUCAAGUCGUCGUCGUCGCCACCUGUCUCGACUACACCACCGACGUGCCUAAAGAUCUGAAGGACCCUGGCCGCUUCACCAGCGAGAUCUAUCUUCCACUGCCGGAUGUAGACAGCCGCAGGGAGAUCCUCGCCUCGUUCGACCUCCGCGUUACCCCUGACCAGGAGCAGGACCUCCUCCGCCACCUAAGCGAGCGCACCCACGCCUACAACGGCAAAGACCUCCGCCGCCUGGUCGGCGAGGCACAUCAAAUAGCCUGCAUCCGCAGCAGAGGGACAUCCGCGGCACCCCCGGACGAGCCCCAAAUGAACGGGGUGUCUUCACAUGAUGGUGAUCAGGUCGAGGACGGGGCGACCUCGACGCCAGCACCUUUCACCUGCCUUCCUGCCGACUACCAUGAAGCCCUCCGUCUGGUCCGCCCAUCGGCAAUGCACGACAUCAACCUGAAGCCGCCGCCCGUCAGAUGGGACGACAUUGGCGGACAGGAAUCCGUCAAGAAGUCCCUCCGCCGCGCCGUGCGCCUCUCGAGCGAGCCCCCCGAAAUCCUCUCGCGCGUCUUCGACCGCCCGCCCAAGGGCUUCCUGCUGUACGGCCCGCCCGGCUGCUCCAAGACCAUGGCCGCGCAAGCCAUGGCGACCGAGUCCGGGCUCAACUUCUUCGCCGUCAAGGGCGCCGAGCUGCUGAACAUGUACGUGGGCGAGACGGAGCGCGCCGUGCGCCGCCUCUUCCAGCGCGCCCGCGAGGUCAGCCCGAGCAUGAUCUUCUUCGACGAGAUCGACAGCAUCGCCGGCCAGCGCAGCGGCUUCGGCUCCUCGCCCUCCUCCUCCUCCUCGUCUUCCUCCCCAAGCGGCCCCGGCGGCGGCAGCAGCCACGGCGUCAACGUGCUGACCACGCUGCUCAACGAGAUGGACGGCUUCGAGGCGCUGCACGGGGUGGUCGUGCUGGCGGCGACCAACCGGCCGCAGGCGCUGGACCCGGCCCUGCUGCGGCCGGGCCGCUUCGACGAGCUGAUCUACGUCAGCCCGCCGGACGCGGCCGCGCGCCGCGCCAUCUUCGCCAAGGUCGCCGCCCGCCGCCGCAUGCACCCGGACGUGGACGUCGACCGGCUCGCCCGCGACACCGACGGCUACUCGGGCGCCGAGAUCAUGGGCAUCUGCGCCGCCGCCGGCGCCGCCGCCUACGAACGCUACGAGGCCGGCGGCGAGCUGGUCAUCACCAUGCACGACCUGGAGAGCGCCAUUCGGAAUCAGAAGAAGCAGAUCACGAAGGAGAUGCUGAACGGGUAUGAGGAGUGGGAGCGGCAGUUUAGGAAGUACUAAUGAGUCUUUGUCUCAACAUGUUGGAUAUAGAGGAAGGCAGGAUUAUAAGGAGAGAAAAUCUGAUGUUGACGGAGAUACACCCAUUCAUUUGCACCGGUUACCGGCACCCAUUUGUUCGCAUGAUCGCCGA